ACAGGCCAGCGAUAGCGGGUAACAGCGGUUAUCGAGUCACAGUCCCGGCACUGUGCAGCACUGGCGGCCAGAGAAAAUUUUUAAGAGCAGAAGCUGGUCGUUGUUCGGGAUUUCCUCAAUUUAAAGCCAAUUUGUAGUAUUAAAGCUGGUUAAUUAUGCAGCGAAAACGAGCGCGGAUCGCGUGAAAUGCAUGCGAACGGCAUCGGUGCGGUAAAUCAGUGCAAAAUCCAGCCCAAAUGUUUGAAGUGAAAAUCCCCCAACAAGAGGCGUAGAGGAUAAGACACACACACCCAUACACACACACACACAUAUAGAGAUUACACUCGCCAUCAGGAUAGGGGAGUGUGGUGUGGCGGACAAAAGUGAAAGAGUGCCGAAAGUGUAGUGCCAAGUGCAGCGGGGAGCGGGCGUCUGAGCCGUUAUCCCCCAAAAUAAAAUCCCAAAAACUAAUCCGCCAGCAUGGAUGCCGAAACACAGGAAAUACGACAGGCUCGUCAACGUGCUUCCGUCAAGUGGCUGCUCUCGAAGGCCUUCAACAAUCGCGUGCCGGACAACCUUAAGGAGCCCUUCUAUCGCGACCAUGAGAACCAGGAGCGCCUCAAGCCGCAGAUCAUCGUGGAGCUGGGCAAUGCCACGCUCUACUGCCAGACGCUCUCCAAUCUGUACUCAGAUCCCAACUACCAAAGCCUGAACCACUGGUCAAUAUUACAGACGCUAGCGCGCAAGGGUGUCCCGGUGGCCGAAUCCUCGGACAUGCCCAUUACCGAAACGGUAUUAAUUCAAACGAAUCCGCUGCGAAUUAACGCCCACAUGUCUGUGAUAGAAUCGCUGAUGGUUUUGUAUGCGAAGGAAAUAUCAUCGGGUGACCGCGUCAUGGCGGCCAUACGAAGAAUAUCUGGCAGCAAUUACCAGGCGCCUCCUGGCCAGUCUUAUGAGCAAGCUCUGCUGGCGUGGAUAUCUCAUGCGUGCGCCGCUUUAAAGAAACGCAUCAUCAAGGAGGUGGAGACAGGCCUGCCUGAUGAUAAUGGCUCUCGUUUGCAGACGCCGGACAUACCACCUGUGAGAGACUUCCAGGACCUGUGCGACGGCAUCUGCCUGGCGCUGCUCAUCUCAUACUAUUGCCCCAAGGUGGUGCCGUGGACGAGUGUGCGGAUCAACUAUCUGCCUGCCGUUGAGGACUCCAUCCACAAUAUUCUGCUGGUGGGCAAUUUCUCCCAGAAGCAUCUGCCAUACAGCGUGUUCCACAUGACGCCCGAGGACGUGACCUACAUGCGCGGAUCGAUGAAGCUGAAUCUGGUCUUGCUGCUCACGGAUCUGUUCAAUCUCUUCGAGAUACACCCGGCCAAGUGUGUCUGCUACCCGGGAAUGGAUGGCCAGGAUGUCAUCGCCCGACGCAGCCUGGGCGCCAACGAGCACGGGAUAUGCCACCGGCGAGGCCUCACUGUACAGCCCGUCACCCCUAUACCCGAUCUGCGCAGCGAUCUCGACACGCCGCCCGUCGGCUCGCCCUCGAAUCGGCCACCGUUCCAAGUUCCGCACUCGAAUUCAUUCGGCGGCGGCCUAAAUCGAAGAUCAACCCCGCCCACCGAAUACCAGACGGUCCAGACCAAUAAUUUCGACAGUAAUCAUGAGGAAGCGUUCGUCGUGCACAAGUCGCGUGGCAUCACCACACUCGCAUCCAUGCACUCGCAGCAUCAGCAACAGCAGCAGCAGCAGCAGCUCCACCAGCAGCAGCAGCAACAGCAAUACCAGCACCAACAAUCGCAGCUUCAGCUUCAGCAGCAGGAGCCCUUGGUUCCGGCUCGCUUGCGCCAGGCUAAAGAAAAGACCAAUGUCGAUUCGAAGGCGGACGAAAGAGGCGACUAUGCCGCCGCGGGUCGACCAAGUAACUGGGAACAGAGCCGGCGGCCAAGCUUUGCAGGUCGUCGCUCGCGCAGGAACUCCUCCAGCGAAGACUCCCAGCUGACGAUUGAAAACUUUGGCGGCUCCCAGGAUCAGUUGAACACGCUGGGUCGAUUCGAUCGUGAGCGGGACAGGGAACGGAAGCUCUCCAACACCAGCAUAGUAGUUGAACCCGCUGUGGCCAUACGCUCCUCGAUUGCCGAUGCCCGCGGCACGUUGCAAUUGGGCUACGAUACGGACUCGGGUUCUGAGAAGCAGGAUCGCGAAACGGAAAAGUAUUCGAUGCGUCGACAAGCCAGUGUCGACAAUGUGCCAACGGUGUCGUCGCACAACCUCUCGAACGCUGGCAGCCCGCUGCCGACGGCCCGGCACAAGCAACAUUCCAUCGACAAAGACUACAACAACAGCAGCAUGAUGGCGGAUGGAGGUUAUAGCGAUGCUCGCUCCACCAGUGGCUACGAUCCGGAGAGCACGCCCGUGCGCAAGUCCUCAACGAGCAGCAUGCCGGCCAGUCCAGCCGCCUGGCAGCUGGAUGUCGGCGAUGAUGACAUGCGCUCGCUGGAGAACGCCAGCAAGCUCUCCACCAUUCGAAUGAAGCUGGAGGAGAAGCGGCGCCGCAUUGAGCAGGACAAGCGUAAGAUCGAGAUGGCUCUGCUGAGGCACCAGGAGAAGGAGGAUCUUGAGUCGUGCCCGGACGUAAUGAAGUGGGAGACCAUGAGCAACGAGUCUAAGCGCACGCCUGACAUGGACCCCGUGGACUUGGACAAAUACCAGCAAAGCAUCGCCAUUAUGAACAUGAACCUUCAGGAUAUCCAGCAGGAUAUCCACCGCCUGGCCACGCAGCAGAGCCAAAUGCAGGCCCAGCACCUGCAGGCCCAGCAGCUGAUGCAGGCCCAGCAGAUAGCCAACAUGCUGAACCAGCAGCAGACCUACGGGUCGCAGCAGCACCUGGCCGAUCACCACUACCAGCAGCCGAGGCCCAUGCAGCAAAGCUUUGGCUCAUCGCCGCAUCUUCCGCAGGCUUACAACUACAGCUCCCGUCCGCCCAGCCGCGAUCCCUACCAGCAGCACCAACAGCAGCAGCAGCCCAUGGCCAUGCCCCAGCCGAUGCAGUUCGUCAACGAGCACGGCCAGUACAUGUCGCCGCCGCAGCCCGCUCACUACAUGUCGCCCCAGCAGCACCAGCAGCAGCCGCAGAGCAUCUACAGCGACAACGGAGCUGCCUACAACCACUCCCCCUACGGCGGAGCUCCGCCGCCGCAGUACAGGAGCAGCGUGGUCUACGACGACUACGGCCAGCCCACCAAUCAUUUCUACUUGCACGAGUCCUCGCCACAGCCGCCCCAUCCCCAGCAGCAGCAUCCGCAGCGACGGACCUGGGCCCACUCGGCGGCAGCAGCGGCCUACGAGCAGCAGCAGCACCAGCAGAUGCAACAGCCGCUGGUGGAUGUGAACGCCUGGCAGACGCAGCAGCAGCCGAAACAGCCGAAGCAGACCUGGAUGAACAGGCCGCCCUCGAGUGCGGGAGCACCCAGUCCCGGGAGCUUUGUGCUCCACCAGAACGGAGCAGGAAAUGGGGGUGGCGGCGAGCUGCAGCACUUGUUCCAGGUGCAGGCCUCGCCCCAGCAUAGAGGAGCCAAUGGCGUGCAGCGCCAGCAGUCGCUGACCAAUCUGCGCGACAACCGAUCGCCCAAGGCGCCACAGCCCAUGGGCAUGCCCAUGGACUUGCCGAUGCAGCCGGAGGACAUGAUGGCGCCGCAGAGCAUUUGCUUCAUCGGCGACGAGGAGGAUGUGGACGAGCUGGAGCGGAACAUCAUCGAGUCCAUGCAGUCCACGCGCAUCUCCGACUUUGUCCACCAGCAGCAGCAGCAACACCACCAGCAGCAGAAGCUCCAGCAACAGCAGCAGCGAUUGCAGGGACACAGCGGCAGGGGCAGCAGCUCGGAGGACUACGACAGCGGGGAGAUGAUCUCCAACAAGCUGAACAUCACCAGUGGCAACCUCACCUACCGCAUUCCCUCGCCCUCCCGACCUUCCAUCCAGGCCAACAGCUUUCAGGACCCGAGAGUUGCGGCACCGGCAGCAGCCGCCCCCGGCGAGGAUCAGCCACCGGAAAAGGGCUUCUACAUCUCGUUCGACGACGAUCAGCCGAAGAGGCCAAAGCCGCCGCUCAGGGCCAAGCGAUCGCCGAAGAAGGAGGCGCCACCGGGAAGUCGGGACAGUGUGGAUCAGGCGAUAAAGCGAGAAUCCCUCAGUCAACUGCACAACAACAACAAUAUUGGGAUCGGAGGGGAGGAUAGCAACAACAAGACGGUCACCAGACACAGCGUGCAUGGUCUGAACAACUCCAACAGUGUCAAAUCGCCCGGAAAUGCCACCUACAACAAGUACACCGACGAGCCGCCCAUCCAGCUGCGGCAACUGGCUGUCUCUGGAGCCGUUUCGCCAACUGGCCACGAGCGCCGUCACCUCGAGGAUGUUACCAAUCAGUCGCCACACCAACAGCACCAACAGCCACCGAUGUCGCCCACGCGUCUCCAGCACAGCAAUCAGGCGGCAGAGGCGGCCAGGAACAAGGCGUUGGUGAUAGGAGUGGAUGCCACUAACUUGGAUCCGGACUCUGUGGAUGAGAUGGAGAGACGGAAGGAGAAGAUCAUGCUGCUCUCCCUGCAACGUCGCCAGCAGCAGGAGGAGGCCAAGGCGCGCAAGGAGAUCGAAGCAUCUCAGAAGCGGGAAAAGGAGCGCGAGAAGGAGGAGGAGCGAGCUCGGAAGAAGGAAGAGCAGAUGGCGCGACGAGCAGCCAUUCUGGAGCAGCACAGACUCAAGAAAGCCAUCGAAGAGGCUGAACGAGAGGGUAAAACCCUGGACCGGCCUGAUAUGCAUGUGAAACUGCAACCCCAGUCAUCCACCUCAACGACUCCACGGCUGCGACAGCAGCGCACCACGCGUCCCAGACCGAAGACGAUCCACGUGGACGAUGCCAGUGUGGACAUCAGCGAGGCUUCGAGCAUCUCUAGUCGGGGCAAGAAAGGCUCCAGCUCGAAUCUAACCGGCUACGGUCAGCUAAGCUCAAAUUCAAUGAAACGAGACUACUACAGGGGCUCGCAAGACUCCCUUACCGUGAAAGAGUCACCCGAUGAUUAUCCCAGUACAAGUUCAACUCCGAUUGGACGACGGGGAUCGUACAAAACUUCCAGAGAGCCAGCCGGCGUCGAACGGGGCCGCACUCUGUCGCGUAUCUCCGUCGCAAAGGGCAGCACGCUUAAUUUCCGGGGCCGAAAGUCAAAUUCGCUAAUGAAUCUGUGCGAAACAGAUUCGGGACUGGGACGCGCCACUCCGCCGAGGCGGGCUCCGUCGCCUGGAAUGGGAAUGGGCGCUUCAGGUAGGCAUAUGCCAUCUCCCUCCGGACCUGGCUCUUUGCCGCCAGGUUUGAUAUCGAAACGUCGCGGAUUUGAUGAUGGAUCCAGCGAUUUCUCAUUAACUCCGAAUUUGAACAUGGAAUAUUCGGGUCCAAAACUCUACAAACAACCAGCGGCCAAAUCGAAUCGUGGCAUUAUUCUGAAUGCCGUCGAGUACUGCGUUUUCCCCGGAGUCGUGAACCGCGAGGCCAAGCAGAAAGUGCUGGAGAAGAUUGCCCGGUCGGAGGCGAAGCACUUCCUGGUUCUGUUCCGAGAUGCAGGAUGCCAGUUCCGCGCCCUCUACAGCUACGUCCCCGAAACGGAUCAAGUAACGAAGCUGUACGGCACUGGGCCUAGUCAAGUCGACGAAGUAAUGUUCGACAAGUUCUUCAAAUACAACUCAGGUGGCAAGUGCUUCUCCCAAGUGCAUACAAAGCAUCUGACCGUCACCAUCGACGCCUUCACAAUACACAACUCGCUGUGGCAGGGCAAGCGGGUGCAGUUGCCCAGCAAAAAGGACAUGGCGCUUGUGAUCUAAGCAGCGAGUGGAGGAGUUAAGUGGCAACGAAAUGAUGAAUGUAUCGACGGAGGAGGUAGCCGUUCGGGUGGAGCAGUUUGGCCAACGGGCGCUUGGCGCGGUUUUGGUCGGAACAACACUAUUCUACAAGUUUGCGCAUUAAGACAUCUAUGGAAACAUAACAAAACAUAAACCCAAAAGUUUUUCUAUAGAUCGCCGGGGUUAUUUUUGGUGUUCAUUAAUCGGGGCAAGAGUAUAUAUGAUAUGUAUGUAAUGGCUAAUAACUAUUUGCACAUGUUUGAGAAACAAGAAAUCGGAAUUUAUGGGAAAAGAAUAUUGUAGUAAUUAAUACAAUGCGAUUGAAUAUUUAUUUUGAAUAUAAAAUUCAUAUAUCCAGCCUAAGAAUUUAUUGUUCACGCAAGCCUGAAACAGUAGGAGAAUUGUCUAAAAUGUAAACCAAGAACAGAACGAACCUAGAGCAGAGCACACAAAAGCCAAAUGAGAAUGUAAUGGAAUUAUGAAUUAUUAUAUCUUUUGUUUGCUAAAAUUCAAAACAGGGAUCGGUCGAAUGGUCAUUCUGAUCAUUGAUGUACGACUCUGUCGAUGUACGAGGAUGAAGAACAAAUGUAGAAAAUCAUAUUUUAUUAAUUUGUUUUAUAUUGUUAUGAAGUUAUUCAUGUGAAAUUUUUUCUUGGCCUUUGGGGGCAGGCGGAAAUGAAAUCGUGUACGGGCCGCAGCCAAAGUCGACACUAAUUUUAAUGCCACUAGCUAUUUAUUUUAACACUACUUAAUAUUUACUUUUUAUGCGUAUUUAAAAAGGAAUAAUACAACUAAUAUUUAAAGAUAUAUCUAUACAAAAACCAGAAAAAGACUUUUGACUGCUGAAACUGCUGGAGAUCCAUUUAUUCAUUUAGAUUUCUUAUUUUUUCGCACAGUCAGAUGCACGAGCAGUCAGACUCUAAAAGUGAACAACUUCACACAUUGUGUUGCAAUUUUCAAUUGAUUCGAAAUGCAUUUUGCUUCCCAUUUUGAGGCUGGCCCAAAAAUGUACUUGUAUAACUGCCAUCGCAUUACCUUUUAACUCUGUUUUGCAAAUUAUUCAUUUUUAAGCCCGCUCAACCGAUGCACCCUAGUCCUAACCCCUCACACUCAUCCUGUUUUAAUUAAUAAAGCGAUCGAUCAAUCUAGUUUGGUAUUAUCUAAUUUAUUUUUUAAAUCAAUUGGCCCGCAACCCCUUGAUCUAAAAUGAUAUUACUUUUCAAAAAAAUGUAUUUCAAACGCCGCAUUUUAUUUCAAAUCGCUUAUGUAUGUAGCUAGCGCAGUGAGGGUAACUAAUAACUAAAAACCGCCAUCACAAAACGAUUCCGAGCAGAUCCUGGCAUCUGGCUAGAGGCAUUUCAGGGGGAUCAGGUUAAAAAUAAAAUAUGUAUAUGUACGCGCGAGUCGGCGCAGUUGCGCCCUUGGCGCAAUUUGCUCCCUAAUAAUGAACAUUAAUGAGAUCUAAACAUUAUUAUAUAAAAUGUAAUAAAGUUAUUGAACAUGAUUAUUUAACAAA